AUGCCAAGGGAGGGCACCUCGUCCGGCAACGACCUCACGGUCUUGGCCCCCACCUCGUCCAACGAGGUGCUGGUGGCGGCCGACGAGAGGCUCUGCUCCCAACCCAGCUGCCUUCCCCAUGGCCUGCCGGAACCCUCCCCGGUGCCAGCCACAGCACGAGAAAACAUCAGCGUGUCUGUGCUGCCUGCACCCCAAGAUGAUGACCCCCGCGAGGGAUCCCGCGGGGCUGUGCCCGGGACCCCCUCCCCGGAUGAAGCCCGAGGCGCGGCGCGGGUCGCCGUGCCGGAGCUGACGGGAGUCGCGCAGGCGGCGGCGGGGCCGCAGGGCACCUCGUCCGGCAACGACCUCACGGUCUUGGCCCCCACCUCGUCCAACGAGGUGCUGGUGGCGGCCGACGAGUGGCUCUACGACGACGACGGCAUUCCGGCGGCACGGCUCUCGCUGUUUGCACCGGACCGGCUGAACCUCCGGUGGGAGAGCGACGUCUGCAAGGGUGCCGGCCUGCGCAACCUGGGGAACACCUGCUUCCUCAACGCCACGCUGCAGUGCCUCGCCUACACGCCGCCGCUCGCCAACUACCUGCUGCUGCAAGAGCACUGCAGCACCUGCCAACAGAGCGACUUUUGCCUGAUGUGUGUCAUGGAGCAUCACAUUGUCAGCACGUUCAACAACUCGCAGAGAGUGCUGACACCCAAGGUCAUAACUAAGAACAUCACGCGCAUCGCCAAACACCUGCGCAUUGGGAGACAGGAAGAUGCCCACGAGUUUCUGCGAUACGUGGUCGAUGCCAUGCAAGCCUCAUGCCUCUAUGGCCACAGCGAGCUGGACAGAUACACGGAGGCUACCACCCUCAUUUACCAGAUCUUCGGGGGUUACCUUCGAUCACGUGUGGAGUGCAUGCAGUGCUGCAACCACUCCGACACCUUUGACACGUGCCUGGACAUUGCACUCCAUAUUAAUAACUCAUCAGAUCUUGUGGAGGCGUUUGAGGAGUUUUUCAAUAAGGAGACGCUGGACGAAUACACCUGCGGAAUGUGCUGCUGCAAGGGGGAAGCGACGAAGACGAUGGCUCUCCACCGCCUGCCCAACGUCCUCACCGUCUCCAUCAAGCGGUACAACCUCUACGGCGUCAAGAUCAACCGGAACAUCACCUACCCGGAGCACCUGGACAUGCAACGUUUCACCUCAACCUCUCAGGGCGAGCCCGCGAUCUACUCCCUGUACUCGGUGCUGGUGCACAAGGGAGCCGACUCCAACAGGGGUCAUUAUUAUUGCUACAAUAAGAUCAGCGAUGGACAAUGGUGCUGCAUGAACGACUCCAUCGUGCGGCACGUCGACACCAAGGCUGUGAUGAAUAAGCAGGCCUACGUGCUCUUCUAUAUUCGGUCCCCAGAAUUGAACGCGCCGCCAGCGGAGAGCUACUGCCCGCUGGAGCACGUCAAGGCGACGUCCUGGUCGUGCCUCAAACGGCGCCACUCGGCGAAGGAAGACCCCGGACCCAGUUACCGGACAGCAGCUCUCCUCACCGGCGCGCAAGAAACCCAAGAUGUCGAACCAUCCCAAUGGGAUCAACUGCCGGAGCCACUGCAAGAGCGACGGCAGGAACAGCAGCAGCAGCAGCUACCGGCAACGCCAGACACGCAACAGCCGUUGCCGCUAGUCCCAGAGCAGCCACCACCACCACCACCACCCCGAUCUCACAGCAGCCGCUGCCAUUCCACCUCAAACAGCCCCGGGGUCACACAGUUCCACUCGAUAUUCAGCUAG